AUGGGAAUCCACAAUUUGUUUCAUUCGCCAUUUCAUUUUGAAUUCUAUCUCGGUGCGCUGGUGAUCAAUGAGUUUUUUGAGCACUACCUCAACAUCAGACAGCUCUGCGUGAUCAACAAGGAGUUGCGCCUUGCACGCGAUCCCAACCGAAAGGGCGAAUCAGGCGACGACUCGGACGAAAUCCGCAAAAAAGCGCAGCAGCACGUAGAUGUGUACCUGCUUUCGGAAGAUUACCACAAGACCGUUGAAUAUGCGCGUGACAAGUUGGUCUUCCAGAUCAUCAGUUCGGUUUUACAGACGGUUGUUUCAUUGAUACUUUUGUUUACGUUUUUUGGUCCUAAACUUUGGCGUUUUUCCGGCAGUCUGCUCAGCAAACCUUCAGAGACCUACCAGUCCCUGAUUUUCUGCGGCAUCAAACUGCUUAUCGACACUACUCUGGACAUCCCAUUCGGUCUAUACGCCGACUUCGUGCUGGAGGAGAAGCACGGUUUCAACAAGAAGACGUUGCGGCUCUUCUUUAAGGAUCUCGCCAUAUCGCUGGUCCUGCAGUGCGUGAUCGGCGCGCCUGUGCUCAGCAUCGUUAUAUUCCUGGUGCACUGGGGUGGCGAUUUGUUCUACAUUUACGUCUGCAUCUUCGCGGCGAUCUUCUACUUGUUCAUGUUGAUCAUUUACCCCGACCUGAUCGCACCGCUGUUCAACAAAUUCGAGCCCCUGAAUGAUGACGAACUGAAGAAGGGUAUUGAGGACCUUGCCGGGAAACUGAGGUUCCCGUUGCGUGAGAUCAAGCUUAUGGACGGGUCCAAGCGCUCCAACCACUCCAACAUGUACUUCUACGGUAUGUGGUGGUUCAAGAAGAUCGUGAUGUACGACACGCUCCUCAAGCAGCCGAAGUCGCAGAUUAUUGCCAUUACGUCCCACGAGAUGGGCCACUGGAAGUACAACCACGUUACGAAGAUGCUGGUAUUCAGCCUCUCGCAACUGUUUGCCAUUUUCUACCUGUUCAAGCUCUACAAGGACGACGCUUCCAUGUUCCGCAGCUUCGGAUAUGACGGCGAGCGCGCCUUCAUCGUGGGCAUAACCCUCUUCGGCUGCGUUUACACCCCUCUGGGUGCGCUGAUGCACAUCAUCGGCACGACCAUCACGCGCUACGGGGAGUACCAGGCUGACAAUUUCGCCGUCAAGAUGGGCUACGGCGAGGAGCUGGCCAAGGCCCUGGUCGAAAUUCACCACAACAACAAGUCCAUGAUCCACCACGACCCGCUUUACUCGUGGUACCACUUCACGCACCCGGUGUUGUUCGAGCGUGUCUACGCUAUCUACAAGGCUAUGGCGGAUAUGAAGCUUUGA